AUGGGUAAACAAGGACCUUGCUAUCACUGUGGAGUUUCAAGCACACCACUUUGGCGUAAUGGGCCACCUGAGAAGCCAAUUUUGUGCAAUGCAUGUGGUUCUCGAUGGAGGACAAAGGGAACACUUGCAAAUUAUACCCCUUUACAUGCUCGAACAGAACCCAAUGAUUAUGAAGAUCAAAGAGUUUCGAGGUUAAAGAUUGUAUCAGUGAAUAAUAACAAAGAAGUGAAAUUGGUUAAACGAGAGCAGAACCAUGAUAAUGGUUAUUCUGCAUCUCGAUGGCUCACCCCUGAAUAUAAUCAAGGAUUUCAAAAGGCUGUGGAUGAGGAUACAAGUAAUAGAUCAAGUUCAGGGUCAGCCAUCUCUAAUUCUGAAAGCUGUGUUCAAUUUGGUGGCACCGAUGCUAGUGAUUUGACAGGUGCUUCUCAAUCAGUGGUCUGGGAUACUGCGGUGCCGUCAAAAAAGAGAACAUGUGCUGGUCGUCCGAAGCAUUCUUCUGUUGAGAAGCUCACAAAAGAAUUGUGUAAUAUUCUUCACGAACAGCAACAACAGUCUUGUUUUUCAGCUUCUUCUGAAGAGGAACUUCUUUAUGAAAAUGAAGCGCCAAUGGUCUCAGUUGAGAUAGGACAUGGAAGCAUGCUCAUUAGGCAUCCUAGCUCUAUUGCUCGAGAUGAAGAGUCUGAGGCUAGCUCUCUUUCAGUUGAUAAUAAACAGUGCUUAAUGAAUGAGGCAUAUUCGUGUUAUGGUCCGAUUCCCAUGCUUAGUGAUUACACAGGCAUGAAUUUCUCUUCCCGGGGAGUUGCAAAGGUCGGAAACUCAGCUGGCCAAAGAAUGAAGCAAGAGAAACUUGAGAGGAAAAAGUCUCUGCUUGAAAAACUAGAAGUUCUUGGAAAUCAUGAUUCACCACUGGGCUUAAUAAAUUCAAAUGAUGUGGUGAACUAUGACGAGUUUUCAAGAAACUUGACAGAUGAAGAGCAGCAGCAAUUACUGAAGUAUCUCCCUGUGGUUGAUGCUGCAAAACUUUCUGAUAGCCUUAGUAUUAUGUUUGAUAGUUUUGAAUUCAAGAAGGGGCUAACUUAUUUUCAGAAAUUUCUCAGGGAAGGUGUAUUCGAUGACUCUUUGUUGGGGGCAAACCCUGAAGACUGUAAGACACUGAAAAGGCUUGCAUUGUCUAAUCUGUCGAAGUCAAAAUGGGUAGAACACUAUAAUUUUCUCAAGAGUGGUGGAAACAAAGCUGGAAAGUGUGAUGAUAUGGAAUCUCCUGCUGUGGCAUCAAGUAAUGUUGCAAAUGUUAAGAGAUUGCGUGUCGGCCAAAACCAAAAUUUUCCAGAAUUGAAGGCAACAAUGAGGAGUCCCAAAAGGGUCAUCAUAAAAGCUAGCAGUGGCGGAAAAGAAAUUGUAGACAGCUCUACCAUCAGUGGUGGCAACGAAAUUGUAGACGGCUCUAACAUCUUUGUUAACGAGAGUUCUGAUAAUGAUCUGCUACUAGAUUUUCCAUCCAACAAUUCUUUUCCACAGGCAGAGCUCUUGCUCCCAACUUCUAGCUUGGUUGCUCAAGGAAGCACCAGUAGCAGCUCGGUACACUCUCGUGUUACUCGUCCUUAA